AGUCCGCCGCGCGGAGUUCUGGGACUUGAGGUCCGCGGCCUAUUUACGCAAGUUGGAGGUAGGGGCCUGUGGAAACAUGAAGAGGGUAAACAGCUGUGUGAAGAGUGAUGAGCAUGUCCUGGAGGAGCUGGAAACAGAAGGGGAGAGGCAGCUGAAAAGCCUCCUUCAGCAUCAACUUGAUACUUCUGUCUCCAUUGAGGAAUGUAUGUCUAAGAAAGAGAGCUUUGCUCCUGGUACUAUGUACAAGCCCUUUGGGAAGGAAGCAGCUGGGACUAUGACUUUGUCCCAAUUCCAGACACUGCAUGAGAAGGACCAGGAAACUGCCUCUCUCAGGGAAUUAGGGCUUAAUGAAACAGAAAUCUUGAUCUGGAAGAGCCAUGUUUCAGGUGAAAAGAAGACAAGACUGAGGGCAACUCCUGAAGCAAUACAGAACCGUCUUCAAGAUAUUGAAGAAAGGAUCUCAGAGCGUCAGCGCAUUCUUUGCCUGCCACAGAGAUUUGCAAAGAGCAAACAGCUGACCCGGCGAGAAAUGGAAAUAGAAAAGUCUUUAUUUCAGGGAGCUGAUCGUCACUCCUUCCUUAAGGCUCUUUAUUACCAAGCAUACCACAAAAAGACAAGUGCAGACAAGUACAUGACCUCAAUGAAGAGGAAGAUAAAAUUAGGCACAAAAGAUGAACCCCAAAAGAAGAACAAAGGUGAUCCCAUGAACAACCUGGAAAGUUUUUACCAAGAGAUGAUAAUGAAAAAACGUCUUGAAGAGUUCCAACUUAUGAGAGGUGAACCCUUUGCUUCCCACUCACUGGUCUCAGCUACAUCAGUGGGUGAUAGAGUCACAGCUGAGAGCCCAUCAUUACUCCAGGACAAGGGAAAACAGGCAGCACAGGGUAAAGGCCCCAGUCUCCAUGUGGCAAAUGUUAUUGAUUUUUCACCUGAGCAGUGUUGGACUGGGCCUAAGAAGCUGACGCAGCCAAUAGAAUUUGUCCCAGAAGAUGAAAUCCAGAGAAAUCGUUUGUCAGAGGAAGAGAUCCGAAAAAUUCCUAUGUUUUCUUCAUAUAAUCCAGGGGAACCAAACAAGGUGUUAUACCUGAAGAACCUUAGCCCUCGGGUGACUGAAAGAGAUCUUGUGUCAUUGUUCGCUCGGUUCCAGGAGAAAAAAGGACCUCCAAUUCAAUUCCGAAUGAUGACUGGACGAAUGAGGGGCCAGGCUUUUGUCACCUUUCCCAAUAAGGAGAUAGCAUGGCAAGCAUUGCAUCUAGUAAAUGGAUAUAAACUACGUGGGAAAAUAUUGGUGAUAGAGUUUGGAAAGAACAAAAAGCAACGGUCAAAUCUCCAAGCAACUUCUCUCAUAUCAUGUGCUACAGGUAGCACUACAGAAAUCAGUGGUAGAUAGAAUAUAUAUAGAUUGUGGGUCCUGGAUGGUCUUUCUUGAAUUGGAAUCUUGGAUCUAGGAUUUAUAUAUAGACACCAGUUUGUUUGGAGUUGAAGAGGAAAAACUAACUGAGGGAGGGGAAAAAAAGUAAUUAGGGCAACCCCUUUCAGCUUUCGGAGAGAACUGGUAGAAAACAUUUUCUGUUAUAUAAUUGAAGACUAUGUAGGAUAGAUGAUGUGCUGAAUAUGAAGGGUAGAGUGCAAAGAGUAUUAUUUUCUCAGGAUAAAUUAAAAGGGAUUAUUCCUAAGGAUUUUUAAAAAUCUUUAUAAUUUUUCUGGGGUCCUCAAUAUUUGUCUCUAGAGAUAACAUUCUUUCUUAGACUGCUUCCUAUAUACAGAAACAAAAAACUAAUUAAAUGUUGAAAUAUUUAUUUACUAGAGGCCAUUUGUCCAUAUUUCAUCCACCUAGUAAAUAAAAGAGCAGGACCCCAGGCCUAAGCAUCAACAAAUGCUAUUAAGUCAGAACUAUCAGCAGUAAUAGUAGGUAGUUUCAUAAGUCAGUUGACAUAUUUAAUGAAUGCUUCCUCCACAAGUUAUCAGUCUUCAAAAAGCUAUAUAUUUUUCUAGGGAAAUAUUUUAGAUCAAAAUGUUGUUGUUCUCAUAGCCAUUUAAGCUAGCAACCAUUGAGUAGUCAUUGAAUUCAAAGCAAUAAACAUUGAUUAAGUGUCUAAUAUAUGUUAAAUAUUAGGCAUAUGAAUUUUAGAAGAGGAACAUACUAGCAAAGACUACCAAAGGGAAAUGGAAAGAAAGAGUUCUCUAGAAAAGAGGAUGCCAGUCACAAAUCCCCCAGUUGUUUGUUUAUGGCUGCUGGAAAAUAAAAAGACUAUACAGAGAGGAAGUAGUACAAACUGGAGUCAGACCUGUACAGCCACACUUAACAUUGUGUGACCUUGGCAAGUCACUUAAUCUGAGCCUCCCAUUUUUCAUCUAUAAAGUGAGGAUAAUAAUGCUACUUACCUCAUUGGGUUGUGAAGAUGAACUGAGAUAUUAUCCAGGCUGAAGAACAGAAAGAAAAUAAAUGAAUAAAAUUAAACAAGAGUAUAGAACCCGUGUGACACCAUUAAGCAUUCCUACAUAUUUCUAAUAGGAGUAUAGGAAAAAAGGAAGAGAAAAGAAGGAGCAGAAAAAUAUUCUAAGAAAUAAUGGCUCUAAAUACCCCCAAUUUGAUGAGAGACAUUAACCUAUACAUCCCAGAAGAAAAGAAAUUACAAACAGAUACAUCAUAAGAAAAAUGCUAAAACCCAAAAACAAAAAGAAAAUCUUGGCAGCAAUACGAGAAAAAUGAGCCAUCACUUACCAAGGAACCCAAAUAAAAUUAACAGUUGACUUUCUCUUAGAAACACUAGCACUGGCAGUGGAAUAACACAUUCAAAGUGUUCAAGAAAAUAACUGCCAACCAAUAAUCCUAUAUACAAUAAAACUGUUUUUCAAAAAUGAAGGUGAAAUAAAACAUCUCUCAUAAUCAAAAACCAAGAGAAUUUGUUGCUGGCAGACCUGACUUACUGGAAAUACAAAAGGAAGUUCUUCAGGCUGAAAGCAAGUGACCUCAGACAGUAAUCUGAAUCUACACACAUGCAGAAAAAGAGCACAGACAAAAAUAAUUAUGUAAUUAUCAGAAACAAUCUAUGCAUUUUUCUUUUUUCUCAACUAAUGUAAAAAACACUUGUAUAAAACAAUAUGUAUAUAGUUGCAUUGUUUGGCCUAUAAAGUAUAAAAUGUAAUAUAUUUGCCAAUAACAGGACGAGGAAGCUGAGUGGAAGCAAAACUGUCUCGUACUAAAGAACUGACUCCAGAUGGCAACACAAAUCCACAGUAACAAAUGGAGAGAAUGUGAAAUAGGAAAUAAGAAGUUUAAUAUAAAAAAACCUAUAAACAUAUACUUAUUCUUCUCUCAGCUUCUUUUAAAGAUGUAAAAUUAUAUUAAGUAAUUAUAAUAAUGUGUGUUGGAUUUAUAAUGUAUAGAAAUAACCUGUAUAACAAUAAUACCACAAAGCGGGGGAUGGGUUUAUAUAGGAAUAGGGUUGUUACAUUGGAAUUAAGUUAGUAUUUAUCUGAAGCCUAUUCAGUUUAGUUAAGAUGUGUAUGGUAAGACCUAGAGCAACCACUAAGGAAAUAACUUUUAAAAAUCAAAAAUAUUAUUAAAGAAAUAUAAAUAUCACAUUAUACUCAGUAUACUCAGUACAAAAGAAGGAAUGGAAAAGCAAAAAGCUUGAGGCAUAUCAAAAACAAUAAAAUGGCAGUCAUGAAUCUUCCUGUAUCAAAAUAACAAUAAAUGUGCAUGGAUUAAACAAUACUAUAAAAGGCGGAGAUGUCAGAAACAAGUCUGAUUCAACUUCAUGCCAUCUAUUGAAGACACACUUUAGAUUAGAAGAUAGAUUAAAGGUAAAAGGAUGGAAAACAAAUAUAUCACACAGACAACAGCCAUAAGAAAGCUGGAGUGGCUAUUGUAAUACCAGACAAAAUAGACUUUUAAAAAAAUAUUACUAGAGAUAAAGAGUAAAAUGUUACAAUGAUAAAAGGGUCAAUCCAUCAGGAAGAUGUAACAACUAUAAAUAUAUAUGCAUCUAACGGUACAGCCCAAAAUACAUGAAGCGAAAACUGAAAGGAAAGAAGAAAUAGAUAAGUCCAUAAAAAGAGUUGGAAUAUUCAUUACCCCUUUUUCAAUAAUAGAGCACCUAGACAGAAGAUAAACUAGGAAAUAGAAGACUUGAACAACAUUGUAAGGCAAAUUGACCUUAAAGACAUUUAUAUAACUUUCCACCCAACAUCAGAAUACAUAUUCUUCUCAAGUGCAUAUGAAACGUCUCCAAAGUAGGCCAUAAGUUAAAGCAUAAAACAAGCCUUAAUAAAUAUAAGGGGACUGAAAUCAUGCAAAGCGUGUCCUCUGACCACAUGGGACAAAGUUAGAAAACAACAGAAAGUUGGGAAACUCACAAGUAUGUGGAAAUCAGACACACUUGUAAGUGACUGGCUGGGUGCAGUAGCUCACACCUGGAAUCUCAGCACUUUGGCAGGCCGAAGUGGGAGGAUGCCUUGGAUCCCUUGAGACCAGGAAUUCAAAACCAGCCUGGGCAACCCAUCAAGACCCUGUCAUUACCAAAAAAAAAAAAAAAAAAAAAAAAAAAAAACUGUGUCAAAAAAAUCAUAAGGGAAAUUACAAAAUUCUUUGAGAUGAAUGAUAAUGAAGACACAACACACCAAAACUUACAAGAUGCAGCUAAAGCAGUGUUUACAGGGAAAUGUAUAGGUGUAAAUGCCUAUACUUAAGAACAAAGGCCGGGCACGGUGGCUCACGCCUGUAAUCCCAGCACUUUGUGAGGCCAAGGCAGGCGGAUCACGAGGUCAGGAGAUCUAGACCAUCCUGGAUAACACGGUGAAACCUCGCCUCUACUAAAAAUACAAAAAAUUAGCCAGGUGUGGUGGCGGGCACCUGUAGUCCCAGCUACUCGGGAGGCUGAGGCAGGAGAAUGGUGUGAACCUGGGAGGUGGAGCUUGCAGUGAGCCAAGAUUGCACCACUGCACUCCAGCUUGGGCAACAGAGCGGGACUCUGUCUCAAAAAAAAUAAAAAAAGAAGAAAGACCAUAGCAGUAACCUCACUUUAUACUUUAAGACCCUGGAAAAAGAAGAGCAAACUAAACCUAGAGCCAGGAGAAAGAAGGAAAUACAAAAGAUUAGAUGAGUAUAAAUGAAAUAGAGUGAAAAAAACUAGAGAAAAAUCAAUGAAACCAAAAGUUGAUUCUAUAAAAAGAUCAGUAAAACUGACACACCUUCUGCUAGAUUGACCAGGAAAAAAGAAGAAUCAAAUUACUAAAAUCAGAAAUGAAGGAGGGAACAUUUCAACUGAACUUGUAGAAAUAAAAAAGAUUAUGAAAGCAUAUUAUGAUUAAUUUUAUGUCAAUAAAUUAUCAUAGAUGAAGUGGACAAAUUCCUAGGAAGACAUAAACUGCCAAAACCAACUCAGAAGUAGAAAACUUGAAUAAACCUAUAUCAGGUAAAUAGGUUAAAUGAGUUUUUAAAAAGAUACCCACAAAGAAGAGCCCUGGCUCAAAUAGCUUCUUAAAUGAAUUCCACAAAACUUUUAAUGAAAAAUUAAUACAAAUUCUUCACAAACUCUUUCAAAAAGUAGAAGAGUGGUGAACACUUCUGACAUAUACUACAACAUGGAAGAACUCAGAAUAUGCUCAGUGCAAGAAGCCAGUCACAAAAGACUACUGUUAUGUGAUACUAUUUAUAUGAAGUGUCCAGAAUUGGCAAAUAUAUAGAGAUAGAAAGUGGAUUAGUGGUUGCUUAGGGCUAGCACAGAGCUGGGGGGAAUGGGAAGGGCUGGAGGUAACAGCUGAAGUGUAUGAAGUUUCUUUAGAGGUUGAUGAAAGUGUUCUAAAGUUGGUCAUGGUGGUGAUUUCACAACUCUGAAUAUACUAAAAACCAGGAAUUGUACACUUUAAAUGGGUGAAUUGUUUGGUUUAUGAAUUAUAUCUCAAUAAAACUCACGAAAGUAGGGAUGUCCAUCAUUAGGAAAAUGGGUAAAUAACUUAUGGUACAUAUAUUUAGUACAAUACUAUGCAGCCAUUAAAAUAGUGAAGUGUAUCUAUGAAUAUAUUAUGACCUAUACUCAUGUCCAAGGUUGUGUAUUAAGUUAAAAAACAAGAUGCAGAAAUAUGUAUAGUACAAAUACAUUUUUAUGCAAAAGCAUUCAUUUAUGUAUAGUAUGUAUGUAUAUAGAUAUUUCUGAAUAAAUUUACGAAAAAGCUGGGAAAUAGACAUAGAAAGUUGUAAACUUUUGGAAAUGGGAUUGAAUAGGCUGAAGGAGGACUUUUACUUUGUAAAAUUUUUAAAGUGCUGUCAUUUUGGGGUGAUUUUUACUUUUUUCAGUAUUUUUUUUAACUAAAAAGAAAUUUAAAAAAAAAAUAUUCUACCAAUGGCAUGGCUUCCAUAAUAUUUUUCAGGCUUACUCUGGGGAUAUCAUCUGACUAUACUCAGGACAAACUCCUAUUCCUUUGAUAUACUGCUCACUUAGGAUUAACGGUCCAAUUUCAGACAUAGUUAAGUGACAAGGAAUGAAUUAUCCUGAUAUAGCCUCUGAUGCAUGUUACCAGGGGCACACUUCUAAGCUGGACUUUUUAGAAGGAACUGUUUCCUGUUAGGUAGAAAAUCUCACCUCUGCUUUUUACUAGACCUACAGACCACUGCAACUGAGGAACAUAAAAAUGAAGGAUAUCCUUCAGCUAGUGCAUAGAUAAACUGUGGUAUAUCCAUGCAAUGGAAUCCUACUCAGCAAUAAAAAUUAAUGAAAUAUACAUGCAACCACUUGGAUGAAUCUUAAAUGCAUUUUACUGAGUAAAAGAAGCCAAACUCAAAAGGCUACUUACUGUUUGAUUUCAUUCAUAUUAUUUUCUCAAAAAGCAAAACAAUAGGAAUGGAGAAAAAACUUCAAUGGAUGUCAGGGGUUAAGGUUGGAAUGCUCCUUGACUACAAAGUGGUAGCACAAGGAAUUUGUCUUAAUAAUUGAAAUUUUCUGUGUCUUCAUUGUAGUUAUGUAAGUGUAUGCAUUUGUCAAAACCCAUAGGCUUAUACACUAAAAAGGAUGAAUUUUACUGUAUGUAAUUUUUUUUAAAUAAAUGUUAUUUUUAUGGAGGAAAGAAAAA